UCAGAACAUGUCUAAUUGGACAAGUCUGUGGUAUGUCUGGUUAAUCUUGCUGACUGUGUUCUUGCUCCUGCUCUGUGGGAUCACAGCAAGCUGCAUCAAAUUCUGCUGCCGGAAGAAGAGGCCUCCAGUUGAGACCUUCUCUAGGCACCCUUAUGAUAUGACAGUUAUUGCUAUUGACAGUGACAGCACUGCCCAUAGCACAGUGACCUCAUAUAGCUCGUUGCAGUACCCUCUAAGUGCCCCUAUUCAUUCCAUAUUUGUGGAUAUGGAUAAGAACACUGUGUCCCCUCCAGCUUACAGUCUCUAUGCAAUGGAGUUGCCACCUUCUUAUGACGAAGCUGUCCAAAUGGGUAAACAAUGCAUUGAAGUAGCAUGGAUAAGCCAGAAACUCACUGACAUCCCUGGACUGGUGACGCCAGGUGGGCUGAGUCCCAUCCAGUAUUCACCUGAUGCAAUCAACAGAAAUCCAGCAACACAGGCAAAUUCAGAAAAUUCAGAAGAUGCAACACAAGAACAGCCGCAGCUCUGA